AUGCAUGCAGCCUGGCCAUUUGUGGCACAGCCUGGGCGGCUGCUUGGCAACAUCCUCCCCCCACACUCCCAGGACGGACAGCUGCUGUUGCGGGCCCUUCCCCUGUUGCCGGGUCUCGCUGUGGCUUCUUCUGAUCCCUCUGCCGCUGGGCCAGCCCCGGCCAUAAUCAGCAUUGGGUUCUUUGCCUACAUCCAAAAUUUCAGAUGUUCAGACUCUGCAGUCUCUGCUUCUUCCACACAAGCACUUUACUACAAGUUAUCCCCAGCAAACUACUCCCUUAUUGAGAACAACACCUCGAAACUUACCAUUCUGCUGUGGACAUGGCCAUUUGGGGUGGGUUUUACCCUCAAAAAGUGUUCCCAACUCCUGGGCAUCCCAGAUUGCCACAUGACAGCUGAUCGCAGCUGGUACCACAAAGCCGAUGCAGUCGUCAUUUACCAUCGAGAUGUGUGUUCUAGUCCGAGGCAGCUGCCCCAAGUGCCAAGGCCUCCUUUUCAACGCUGGAUCUGGUUCAAUCUGGAAUCUCCCAGCAAUUCCCCCAACUUGGGCUUCAUGGACAAUCAAUUCAACCUCACCAUGUCCUACCGGAGAGACUCAGAUAUCUUUACCCCCUAUGGAUGGCUGGAGCUCCUCACUGAGCCACAGAAUGUCACCAUUCCACCCAAGUCCAAGCUGGUGGCCUGGGCCAUCAGUAACUGGAACCCAGCCUCCAAGCGUGUGAAAUACUACAAGAAGUUGAAAAAGUACAUCCAAGUGGAUGUGUAUGGACAAGGCCACUUGCCUUUACCUCAAGACAAACAGCUGUCCACUUUAUCCCAGUAUAAGUUCUACCUGGCCUUUGAAAACUCCAUCCAUGAGGACUACAUCACUGAAAAGUUCUGGAAGAACUCCUUGCUCUCAGGAGCUGUCCCUGUGGUCUGCGGACCACCACGGAAGAACUAUGAGCGCUUUUUGCCCUCAGAUGCCUUCAUUCAUAUUGAAGACUUCCAGACAGCUAAAGACUUGGCCAACUUCCUAAAAGAACUGGACAGGAAUGCAACAAGAUACCAGAGUUACUUUCAGUGGCGAACAUGGCUAAAGCCCUCUGGGCAAAGGUCCUUCAGUCUUCACUACUGCAAAGCAUGCCGAGCUUUACAGACAACCUCGAUCCAAUUCCAAACUGUCCCAGAGUUGAGCAAAUGGUUCAGAUGAACUGGAGACCCAUUGUGUUGGCCUUGAAUGAAUCAUCUGGUCAAAACAUGCCCAGCUCUUGACUGGAUUUCAAGACAAUGCUCAUGAAAUAAAUCAAGGAAGACUGGAGAGGGAGAUGAUCCCAGUUUUCUUAGCUGACCUUUUCCAGGAAGAUAGUUGUGCCAGUGGCUCCUGUAGGAAGGCCUACACAUCUAAAAUGGUUUUAGAACUACCCUGGCUAACUCACCCCACCCCCAACAAUUUGGGAAUUGUACAAAAAUUGUAAGCAGCUUUCUUGGCCUAUUCAGGGGGAAAGUCCAAAAUCCAAAGGAGGGUGAUACCUUCAUCAAGACUAACAAAAAUGUCACAAAGUUGUGAACGAUCCUUUGAGUUCUCCCAAACUCUUCCGGGUAUUUCCAUUUGUUUCAAAUCUCUUGCCUCA